UUCGGCAAACACGAAACAUGCGGCACGAGGUAGAGAGUCGCGCAAUGGAUGCCGGGAGAUUUAGACUUCCUGUCCAAGAACAGGGUAGCCAAACCAGGAAGAAAGAUGGCGACGUCGCGACCCUCAGGUGCCAUCAACCGAGCUUUCCAGCGGCUUCAGGGCGCCAUAGCGGAGGCAGUGGCCCCACCAAAGCUGGUAGUAGACAAGAAGACGAUAGAGAAGUCUUGGAAGCUUAUGGACAAGGUGGUAAAGCUGUGCCAACACCCGCGCAUGAGCCUCAAGAACUCCCCUCCGUUCAUCUUGGACAUUCUGCCGGACACUUACCAGCACCUUCGGAUCAUUCACGCCAAGUACGAUGAUCGUAUGCAACAGCUUAAUGACUGUGAGUAUUUCAGGGUCUACAUUGAGAAUCUUAUCCGCAAGUGCAAGCAGGCCAUCAGGCUGUUCAAGGACGGGAAAGAGAAAAUGUUCGAGGAGACGUCCCAGUACCGCCGGAACCUCACCAAACUCUCCCUAAUUUUUUCCCACAUGCUUGCUGAGCUCAAGGCGAUCUUUCCCAACGGAACUUUCUCCGGAGACGUCUUCAGGAUCACCAAAAGUGAGGCAUCAGAUUUCUGGAAGAAGUCCUUCGGGGCCAGAACGGUUGUCGCGUGGAAGUUUUUCCGACAGACUUUGCACGAUGUCCACCCCAUCAGUUCAGGGCUGGAGGCCAUGGCUCUCAAGUCAACCAUAGACCUUACUUGCAAUGACUACAUCUCCAAUUUCGAAUUUGACGUCUUCACGCGGCUGUUCCAACCAUGGAACACGUUGCUGAAGAACUGGAACUUGCUGGCUGUGACACAUUCUGGCUACGUGGCAUUCCUGACGUACGAUGAAGUCAAGGCCAGACUGCAGAAGUAUAUCAACAAACCAGGAAGCUACAUCUUCCGCCUGAGUUGUACCAGAUUAGGGCAAUGGGCAAUAGGCUACGUGACUCAGGAGGGGACCAUUCUGCAGACAAUACCACAGAACAAGUCCCUGUGUCAGGCCCUCAUCGAUGGACAGAGGGAAGGAUUCUACCUGUUCCCUGAUGGGAGGAACAUCAAUCCUGACCUGUCCAGCCUGUGUACCAACUCGCCUGACGAGCACAUCAAGGUGUCCCAGGAGCAGUAUGAGCUGUACUGUGAGAUGGGCUCCACCUUCCAACUCUGUAAGAUCUGUGCUGAGAACGACAAGGACAUCAAGAUCGAGCCCUGCGGUCACCUCAUGUGCACACCGUGUUUGACAUCAUGGCAGAGGGACUCUGAUGGCCAGGGCUGCCCCUUCUGUCGAGCAGAGAUCAAGGGUACAGAGCCUGUAGUGGUGGAUCCCUUCGACCCCAAGUGGGACACCAUGAGGAACAAGAUGGACAUGCAUGCAGAGGGGGAGGAGGAGGAUGGCAACUUUGAGGAUCCAAAUCAGUGGGUGAACCAGAGCAUCAGUGAACUCCAGCCCUCCAGACCAGCCCACUCACCCUUUAACUCUCCCCGAGCCUCCCCCAACCUGCCCAGGAGAGAGCCUCCCAAACCCCCUGUCCCUCAUGCCACGUCAUCCCUUCCCCCCAUCCCCGCCCGCAGGCUGUCCCCGGCAGGGUCUCCUCUCCCCUCCCCCAGCAUGUCACCUAGCGAUUCCCCCAUGCCCUCCCCCAGAAACUCCCCACGGUCCUCCCCAGUCCCCAAGGAGCGGAGCCUCCCUCCUCCAGUGCCUUUGCCUGCCCCUCGGCCCCUUCCAGCACCGCCUAUCCCCUCCCCCACCCUCCCUGACAGAGACUUGCCCGCCGUUCCCACCAUAAAUGCCCCACAAGUGCCACCCAGGAGAUUUACUGACAAGACAACCAGUGUGAAGAAAACAUACAAUAGGUCCGUUAGUGACGAUGGUGCCUCCAGUUCAGGGUCAAGUGCAAGUGAUGAAAAUGCAAUCUACAAAGUGCCCACUCCUAUAUCCAAGCCCACAUCCAUGGGGCCCCCUGUACCCAGUAGAGGGUCUUCUGCCCAGCCCAGUCCCCACUCGCCAAUAUCCCAUCCUAGUGGCCCACCAAGGAGUAACUUUGAAACCCCAAGUGAAAAUGAAGACAGAAUGAACAGUGAAAACCAUGACCCUGCCAGUGAUUAUGAUGUCCCCGUGAGGCGCUUGAGGAAAACCCCCAGUGACUAUGACCUGCCCCCCCUCCCUGUCAGCAGUCUGGACCCCGCCCUGCAGCCCCGCCAACAGAAGCACCCUGCCAGCUGGUCUUCAGCAGAUAAUGUCCAAGGUACUAGAGACCCCUCUCCUAGCUCCAGGAAAAGCACCGCUACAGAAAAUGGAAACAACAUGGAUGCAGAGAUUGCCACCUUGAUGAGCCAGGGCUACUCGUACGAUUCCAUCAUCAAGGCACUAGGCAUCGCCAACAACAACCUUACCAUGGCCAAGCAGAUCCUCAAGGAAUUUGUGCACCACUCUGUGUCAUGAGGGUGGGGAAGUUUGACAUGUUGGUAGCUUUUUUUCCCAUCAAAUGUAUCAAAAGAAAAUUUGCACCACCUUGUGUCUUGGGAUAAGCAAUGUGCUUGUGCUAUUGACAGUCUGUUCUCUAAUCAACUGCCCAAGAAUCCAAUGUAUAAUAGAGAGUGUGUAAGAACUUUAUUGCACUUAAGGCUUAUUAUUAAAUAAAUGUAGAGGUAGACAUUUAUCUAGACACAGGCUUACAGACUAGGAUGGGUUGACUGGUUGGGACCUGUUUAAUUCUAAUCUUCUUGUAUUUGAGAUCAUGGUUAUGCAUCUUUUGGCACAUGCCUUUUAGCAAGAAAUAUGUCCUUGCAGGGGAAAUACUGCAAAGGUGGUUAUUUAUCUUACAGUAACUGACAAAAUGAUGCAGCCCAGAGACUCUAGAUUUUACAUGAUGUUAUAGUUGUAGUGAAUAUUCCUUCUGGAACAUUGAGGAUUUCUUAUUCCAGUAGAAAAUUGAUUUUACUGAAGUUGCUACAUGCCAUAAACAAAAUUAAGUCUACUAGGAUCACCUGGCUGGGGUUGUGUCUUGGGUAAUCAAGCAUGAGAAGGCAUUAGAAGAUGGAAUCAUCAGCAAUCUCCUAGCAGUGAGUAAAAACCCUUGUCAGUUUCACUUUUAGUCAAGUAGCAUGUGUACAAGAUUUUAGGUUACAGUCCCACAUAUUAAGUAAGUAGAUGCUUUCUGUCCUGGCCCCAUUUUAUGAUACAUGUAUGUGAACUAGUACAGGUUCAAUGCUGGUUGCUCAAUUCGUUUCUAGGUAAUAUUACUAUUUGUACAAGAGAUCAAAGAAAAAACAUGGAAGAAGUUUGUAAAAAGGGAUGUGAAAACAUAGUGUUUCCAAACACUUCAGCUGACCCAUGGAAAGGACUAAAGCUUCUGUGUGACUGCAGUGAUAGCACUAUAUGUAACAAUUGUCUACCCAUUUUGUCAGCAGCAUGGAUAACAAACACUUCAUCACACAUUUGAAUAUGAUAUAUGCAUUAUAUACAUGUGGGAUCAUGCUAUGCAGCAAAUAUCCUUAAGUCGUGGUAAUUAACAUUGAUGGAAAGGAUUUCCACUGAUCACAAUAUAGCCCCCUGCUUCAGUUCCUCACUAUCCCAGUCAUCUGGAGUGAUGUAAAUACUCAAGCAAGCAGAUUGGUACCAAUAAAGCAUGCAUAAUGUGAGACUCUAUAACCACUUUUAUAAUCAAGCUUGCAAAAUUGAAAAAAAUAUAACAUACUGAUAUAUCACCAAGGUAGGGUUUCUUUUGUUAAGAUGUUUAUAUGCAAGUAAGACAUUCCUUUGUUUUCUGACAAUACAUGUACUAUAUGACUUGUUAAAGAAAUUAGUUUGACUACCACUAUACUACCAUAAUAUGUGUACAAAAAUCCCUUAUAAUACUUUGUGGAAGAAUUGAUAACUGUAAUUCUAUUACCAGUUAUAAACUAUUGUGUCAAGUUGACACGGCCUGCUGGGCUUGUUGCAAAGACUGCUUGCAAAAUAUGAUGAUGCUAUAUUACAUUUUGCUGAAACAUUUCCACUAGAAAAGUUGUGUAUAAGUAAUGUUCUGUCAACAGUAUCUCAAGCUGAAAUGCCAUUGCGUUUGCUGUCUUUGUUGACUACAGGAAGCAGUUUCUUGUAGUGUAAGAGUGUAUAGGAAACCCAUUAAGAUAUAGACAUAUACUGUAAAUUCAUUCAUUUUCACCAGGACUUUAUUUUGCAGAUUUUAAAGAGAAAAGAAUGUUUUCGCUUUAAAUUCAUGGUUGAAACAAUUCGAAGGUACAGUAGCGAAACAGUGGAAAAGCAUAUUUGUAGUGUCAUGGUUUUGAUAUUGCUGCAAAAACUGCCAAAAAAAAAACACCGCAUACAUUUUAAGAUUUGCAUUAAUUAAUUUACCAUUAUGGAGGAUGAAAGUUACAGCGGCUUUUUGAACUUCGUGGAACAUGUGCAAACAAUCUAGUAACAAAUAAAGGUAGGGGCAUGACAGCAUUCAAGGAUAUUAUAGCUUUGUUUGCUUGUGUAAGUUAGAUCGUCCAGCCCUACACUUAUGGUUUUAUAUUUCUGCUUGCUGUCUUGUCCCUACUUUAUUUUGACUAGAGUAGACCCCAUAAAAGACUAGUAGGAAGUAUAAGAAUGCUGUGCUUUGUGUAAUACUGAUUUCUUAAGUAUCAAAGACAUGGUCAUCUGAUAAGGUCAUGUUACUUGUUGAGCACCACAAGAAACCUUACCAUCAGUAGACCGUUAUAUUUUUGAAAAAUCAAGUGGAUUUGGCAUACCAGCUUCUCUAUUGAUGUGAAUGGAAUUUUCCUGAAAAUUCCUAUCCAAUGACUAAUUGGGGUUUUGUGUGCAUCUGCUGGUAACUCCAAAGUGAUGAUCUUUAUCAUGCCAAUACAAUAGAUGUCAGCAGAUCUGUAAAGCUCAGUAACUGACUGUUCUAAUGAUAAAAUGGUGACCAAGUCUACCAAAGGAGAAAAGGCCAGGCUAGUUUCAUCAAUUUUUUUCUCAACAUUCGAUCUCUGGCUUUCCAAAAUUCAAAACUUCUGGAAGAUUAUUUUGCAGAGAAGGCCCUUACGUCCAUCUUGAAUAAGGAUGGUCUGACAUCAGAUGAUGACAGGAAUGUUUGACUGUGUUAACUAGUAGUUUAUUUUCUUAAGAUUUCUUAGUUCUUGUUGUUUCUGAAAUAUAUGAGAAGCAGUUGAUGACAUUGGCCUGGCCUGACGUCCAGAUGCUGCAGCCUGAGAACUGCCAUAGCUUGUGUGCAUGCUGUUCUAUACAGAUCUCACCGAGCCUGAAGAGGAUUAUUUUUGUAUGAGGACGGAUGAAUCAUGUGUCUCGUGAUAACACUCUGAAUGCUGUACCUUUGCAUUGUAAAUGUUCUAUGUCUAAGAUGUAUGUCCUUGCUUGUUUCCUCAUGUUGUGUGAAAAAGGACCACUGACUGUUUGCUAAUGCAAACAAAUUGCUAGUGAGGUUUUAUGAAAGAGCACUUCCUAAAGCUCUUUGGGUUAGCAUGUAUUUAGAAGCUGAGUAUACCCAUAAGCUCAUUAUAUCUAUGAAUUAGAACUGAUCUAUGACAAGGUGCUAAAAUGAUCAUGACUGAAAAUAGUAUUUGGGGAAAGAAAGUUGAUUGCUCAAAACAUGAAGACUUUUCUACAUGUAUUUGUAAGUACGUAAUUCUAUCACUUUUCAAUAACAAAUAUUGUAAGUUGGCCCUUUGUGCUGCAAUUGUCUGUCCUAACUUCAUCUGUUUUCUUGCUUUUUGUAACUAUGAAUUUGCUUCUAGCGUACAGAUAUAGACCUAGCCCAGUAGGGACAACUUAUGUUUUAUGUAGCAUAGCAGGCCUAACUAUGUAGCCAGUCUGCAGCACAUUAUGGAUGUAUGAAUGAUGGUGCAGAACCAUCCUAUUAGUUCCAAUAGACUACCCCGAUUAAAUGUAAGAAGACAUUAUGUUGUACUGUAUAGACCAUUCUGUUCACAUGUGCAAACUUUUGCCCAUAUAGGAUGCUUCAUGCAAGUCUGCCACAAGGCAAGAGAAUUAUCAAAUAAAUUUAUUCUAAUAAGG